UCCAGUGGCCACCAGAUAACGCUAUUUAGUUACAAACUAACUAGUGUGAGCGUUGGUCGACACCGGGAGACUCUUGUUUGCUGCGCGCACACACCGGUACCUGCCAGAGGUGGUGGGGACCGCUGGAGCAUCUCGCGCUCUCUGCCUCUACAGGUCGGUUACUGACUGGCGAUGACUCAAUGAAAUACAGCAGCCAACUAAGACUGCAAGGCCCUCCCCUGUAGUUUCCCUUGCCGUUCCCCAGCAACUGCAACUGGAAGCAUAGAGAGGACAGAAGAGGAGAGCAGCAGCCGGACAGAUGGAGAAGAAGCAAGGAUCUCCUCACCAGUACGGUUCUCUGGAGCGCACUGAAUGGACCAGAGACAGCAACAAACCAGAGGACGACGUGGUGUCCAUGGCGGACUCCACCAUCACAGUGGAUGACAUUGAGGGGGAGCUCUUUAAGAUUGAGAGGAUCAGGGACAUCCUGGUCAGGAGGGAGUCAGAGCUCAGAUACAUGAUGGAUGACAUUCAGCUGUGCAAGGAGAUCACUCGCCUGAAGAAGGAGCUGCACAAAUUAGUGUCCAUAUCAGUAGGUAAUCUGGGACAAACACUAGAUAGUCAGAUGUCUUGUGCUGCAGAUAAUGACAAGUCCAACGAGGACCGGCAGAAGGAAGAAGAACUACUGCAGCAGAUCCACAAACUGGUCGAGACCAGAGAUUUCCUGGUGGAUGAUGUGGAGUUUGAACGACUCAGAGAGAACGAAGAAGAUAAAGAAAUGGCAGAUUUUCUGAAGUCCAAAUUUCCAAGAAAUAUGAAAAAGACAGGUGUACCAACCAAACGGAUGCCAUCCCGGGGUCAGCAGGCCUCUUCUCCCUUCACCAAGACAGGCCUCACCCUGCUGAAAGAGUGCUGUGGCUUCAUGUGCUCCAUCAUGUAGCCUGGAGUCAAAAUGGAGGGCCCCACUCCAGGGCUGACACAGGGGCCACAAACCAAAAUGGCCAUUCCACAGGAGUCAAUAUUUCCAGUUUCAGCUUUUCAGUCCGAGAAAGACUUUGAAGCAUGGAUGGAGCACUUACAGACACAAGUUGAGAAUUUCCCAGAGGGAGAGCAAAGGAUGUUGCAAAGAUCAUGUGGUGUGUUUUCCAUGUCAAGACCCAAGUUUGUCUUGUGUUGUUUGUCUCUUUCGUUGGAUUUCAUAUCUGAUUUUGUUUUCCUCCCGUGUCUCUGCUCUCCACAUCUCUCAUCCCACUCGUGUUUUCAUUUUUACUCUUGUUAAUUAUCACUGCUCAGCCAACUUCAAGAAAAACAUGACAUACGUUAUUUAUUUCUUUUUUUCAGAUAGGCAAGACAGGGUUUUAAGGACAGAAACAACAUAGCACAAGUCAGCACAAGGCAUGUGUAGUGUACACACUAAUUGGAUUGACACGCCUACAAAUUUUAUAUUCAAAGACCUUAAUGAGCUAUGAUAACUGUCCUAAUUAAAAAAGGAGCUGUUUUGCAGGAGUCAGCAGGCCAGUCUAGACACACUGCUGGAACUUUAUAAUCUGUAUUAAGGAGAUAACACUAAUAAAACUGACAUUAAUCGGGAGCUCUGUUAGGAUGAAGUUGCCUGUGAUUUGACUCCAGGUCCAAAUUGGUACGACCUUUUGAAAAGUGGUUUGUGAAGAAAGAACAGAUGUCUCAUAACGCUCCAUUUUGCUUUAAUAAUAGUUUACUAAUAUUGACUAAUGUAUACUUUUUUCAAGUAUCAGUUUCGAUGCAAAACGUGGGCUGCAGGCUGCAGUGAUUUUUGUGUUUGUUUUUUAUUUGCAAAAAAAACAUAGAAGAACAUCAAACAAUACAAAUUUCGAGAGUUUUUUGUUGCUAAUCCUUACUAGUCAUAGUGUUGUGCUUUUUGUCACAAUGCUUUAGUAUUUAUUGACAUAUUUCUGAUGAGUAUUCAACAGACGCUACAGUAUGGAGGGGGCUAACAAGUUGACAGUAGAAGGGAAAGGUAGUGAUUGCAGUGUCAUGUGGGGACACAGUAUUAUCUAUAUGGUACUGUAUGCACUUGAGCAAGCUGAGGUAUCAGCACAUAUACACCACUCCAGUGAUAAAGAUAGAUCAUACGCAUCACUAAGGCACACUUGACAGUGUUUUAAGUGAGUACUUUAUGUUUCAUAUUAAUCCACUGGCCAGGGGCAAAACUCUUCAGCCCACUUCCACUAUGAAUAAAUAUUUGUUACCACCCUAUGUUUUAUCAGUUAUUAUGGUCUGAAUAUGUACCUAUAGAAAGUGUAUCCAGGGAUGGCCAAUCAAACUACGGAGCAGAUCUCUGUGUUGCCAAGAAGAACAGUCGCCAUAGCAACCUUGUAUACCCCAUAUCUUUACAAUGAGACAAUGAUGAAGGUUGGAUGGAUUGGAGAGAUCAGACUUCAUAGAUGUGACAAAAACUCGAGCGCAAUCAUGGUUACCUAAUGAAAGCUAAACAGGAGACAGAAUAAUAUUGCUGUUUUAAUUGUGGUGAUUUUCAUAUUUUGGAUUCACUCUGGGGAUAACAGCCAAUUUAGGAUUGCAAAAAAUCUACCAUAAUUGAGCCUCUGAAUCCCUUUCACAUCCUUUUAGAUAAACUAACAACCAUUUGGAGAUCUUUUUAAAUCAUUAUAGAUGAUACAAGAAUCUCCCAGUUUGUUUCCCAUCCCUGUUAUACGCAGUGUUCUCUUUUAUGGUUUAUUCCCAACUAGUCCUUGGGAUGGAUACAUGGAUACAGCUGUCUCCUUUGUUCAGUCACUGGAUCUUUUGAUUUUCAGUCUCAACACUGUCAUAGAAGCUUUGGGUCACAUAUCACCCAGCAACCAUGUCUGGUGCUGUCAUGGAGGUUCACAGGGGAAUUAGAUGUGUGCCAGUAAUGUUGAAAUGCCAUAAGUAACUCCCAUGGUAGAAAAACAAAAAGAUACUGGUAUACCAGGAAAAUAUUUCUUCUUGUUAUAUGGGUGUGUAAGUAAAAUGUGAGAAGAAGUGGAUAGGAAAUUUGUUUCUAAAUGUUAAGUAUUAUGACAGUGUCAACCAUUUUGCUGUUUACUUCUGUAUUUGUAACCUUAGUUUUGAAAAAGACAGUAAUGGUUUGAUGAAAUUUACAAAUAUAGUGGAAACACAAAAUCUAUCAUCUGAGCCAAAAUAAUCAGUUCAUACAAAAACUUAACAUAACUUUGCCUUUUUAAGUCUGUUCCCAUGAUUGAACUGCAUAGUUUAUAAAAUAGCUCUUCGCCCUGACAAAGACCUUCAUCUAAUCAGUAAUUGUUUUUUUGAGUGUGUGACAUGUUUCUGUUCUUCAGUUUUCACAUUUAGACAUAAAACCAGCUGUUCGCACCAGCUGUAGGGUGUGUUACAUCCCCUAACUGUGCUCUGCCUGAGUCAAGCGAGGAUUCAAGAAUCUUCUGAGGAGAAUUCUUAGAGACGUGGAAGAGACCAUGUAGCCUCUUAGGAGAGACACGGUGUCACAGGAGAAGGAGUCAAAGAGAGAAAAUGACAUUAGAAUAGAGGCUGAAAGCAGGGGAGAUGAAUAAAAAGAGAGAGAAAGAGAGAGAGAGAGUGGGAGGGCACAGAGUUUGGGGGUGGUGGGGUGGUGGUCUAAUCUUCAGUGUGAGUCAUCCUUAGUGAAAACACUGCGAGUUCCCACAAGGGCAGCUCUCAGUGAACGCUACGUGAAAAGGACAGGAUUGUCAGUCAAACACAAUAAUCCUGUACACCUUCUGCACAGCUCACUGUGUACAAGAGGUGACAGUACAAAUGUGUUUGUACAGGUGUGUGAGAAACAAAUAAAUGAGAAAGAAAAUGUGAGUGCAGUAUGUGUACCUGUGCUUGUUUGCGUGCCUAGGAACACGAGGGUGAUAACAAGAGGUACAGUAGCUGUCACUGCUUUGUUACUAUGGUUACUGUGACUUGAUGGUAUACUCUCACUUCUUGUUUCAUUUGGUCAUACUAUGUAAUGUAAUAGCCUACACUAAUGCAAGGCUGCAUGUGUUGUAAUAUUGCUAGGGGAAGAAUAUAAGGACCUGUUUUUAUAAUGUUCAGUGCACAGAGUUCUUAAAUGUUCUCAGUUAAAGCUGCAAAUGUAAUAAAUUAAAUCUUAUCUCAA